CUAGCUAAGCAUCGAUACGAGUUGCCAUGAUGACCAUCUUAGGACACCUUUGGAAUUCUCCAUGAAAACAAAUUGAUUACCGGCAGAAAUGGUGCGCUACUCGCUCGACCCCGAGAACCCGACUAAAUCAUGCAAGUCACGGGGCUCCAAUCUUCGUGUUCACUUCAAGAACACCCGUGAGACGGCUCAGGCCAUCAAGGGCAUGCACAUCCGCAAGGCUACCAAAUACCUGAAGGAUGUUGUGGUCCAACACCAGUGUGUUCCCUUCCGCCGUUACAAUGGUGGUGUCGGCCGCUGUGCCCAGGCGAAGCAGCAUAACUGGACCCAGGGACGCUGGCCGAAGAAAAGCGCAGAGUUCCUCCUUCAUAUGCUGAAGAAUGCUGAGAGUAAUGCUGAGCUUAAGGGUUUGGAUGUGGACUCUUUGGUGAUCGAGCACAUCCAGGUGAACAAGGCCCCCAAGAUGCGUAGGCGCACAUACCGUGCUCAUGGACGCAUCAACCCCUACAUGAGCUCCCCAUGCCACAUUGAGAUGAUCCUCACAGAGAAGGAGCAGAUUGUUCCCAAACCAGAGGAGGAGGUGGCCCAGAAGAAAAAGGUUUCUCAGAAGAAGCUGAAAAAGCAGAAGCUCAUGGCUCGGGAGUAAAUGUAAAUAAAUUUCAACGUUCGUACCACA